GUAUUACAGUAGUGUUUAAAAGCUGGUUAAAGCUCUACGUAAUGUAUUUGGUUGUAUCAUAAUGCCUUUGUGCAGUGUCAAGGACCAAAUUAAUCGGAAAUAUGUUACUUUCUUUUAAUUUUUUGAGAAAUACGUAUUUCCAGGUAGCAAGUUUCCUUUUUGGUGAAUGGCAACUUCAUUCAGGCAACAAACCAAGAGAGUUUUUAAUACAUUACAAAAUCGUUAGAAUGAAGAGCAGUGAGAAUCCUGAUUACUUGUUUCAUUUCGUACGCAUAAUAUUUACAAAUCCAAGAUCAGUGGCUCUGUUGAAUUCAGAAGAAAAGGAAAACGUCCGAUUUGAACCUAGGAAUACUUUUCCUGCAAGAUGCGUUUUAACAGCAAAUAAUAUUCGCAAUUUGUUAAGCCUCAAAUGAUUCUUGCGACAACCAAUGUCAUUGUAUUUGGUGUUUACAUUGGCCUGCCUGUUAGAUGUGCGCAGUUGCGAUGUCAUUUACACGAAAGCCUCACAGUAGCGCACUUACUGGGAUCCUAAAGUAUCCUCAAAGUACACGCACAGUGAACUUAACAUAUUGGUCAAUACUCACGGUAGAACCAGUGUUAUGUGCGUACUGUUGGACUGUUAGUCACUACUUUCCUGCACAUUUUCUUUCUAGAAAAUAAACUCACAAACUACUGUAGGUUGUGUUCACCAGCGACCUGAAAGUCUCAAUUAUCAAUGCACCCAUAUAUUGCCAUUAUGGCUUAUUUUUCUAUACUUUAUUCACUGCUGUGGAAAAAAAAGUGAGGAAUUCCACAUGCUUCAGUAAUAAACAGAAAAUAUUCAGGUGAAAGGUUUUCACCACUUCUCAAACAGCGUACUUGGGUACACAUUUGUAUUUCAAAUAAAUAAAAGUACUGAAAACAAACAAAUCUCCAUCAUAAAAUACCUUGCAUACUUUCGCUCAUUGAAGUAUUAUCGCCUAAUAUUCUGGCAAAAAACAUCUCUUAGGCAGUAUUUAUUGGACAAAUAAGAGCAUUGGAAACAGUAUAUGAUGAUCACCUUCAGUCAUCUUGUAAGCACUCAUCCAAGAAGUGGGCAUUCUGAUUGCGAGUUAUAACUAAUCCAUCACAAUUUGGAAAGAAUAGUAAUGCAGUCAGCUACAACACUGGAUGAAAGAAUCAUACAGCUGAUACUGGGCCAGAAAGCUGUAAAAUAUGAAGCCACAGGUUUAUGCUGUCACUAGCUACAUGACCGCACUGUGUGUUAAAAUAAUUGAAGAAGUAGUGGUACAAUAGAAAGUGCAGCUUCAUUUCAGAAUGAACUGAGAAGACUUUUGUUUAGUCUUUGAAGAACUUUUGCCCAGUCUUUGAUGUGACAAAUCAAACAUGCAGUUAUCAGAGAACAGUGAAAUGAAUGAAAUGAACUGUGAGCUUGAAGCAGAUAACCCUGCCUGUGUCGCAGACAAUGUCCAUCCAGUCCAGCUCUGUAGGCUGUGUGCUGCUAGUGUGGAUGAUGAUGUUGUAUAUAUAUUCAGCUCAGAUGGACACAGUUUAAAUCUCCCUGAAAAAAUCAACAGGAAUUUACCUGUCAAGGUUAAGAUCACAGAUCCACUUCCAAAACAACUGUGCAUGGAUUGUGUCAAUAAAGUCAACAUGUUUGAUGAUUUUGCUGAAACAUGUGUGGAAGCAGAAGGGAAGUUAAUAACAAUGAUGAAACUAAUGCAUUUCAGGUCACAUUCAAGAACACAGAAGUGUGGACUAAAGAAUAAGCAUAUGAUGGCAGACAGUACAGAGAGAAAUUCUUCAUGUUCAUCAGUAACUAAGAAUCUGGACGACAAGAGAACAGAUGAAAAUGAAUUUAAUUUAUAUGCUGCAAGUGCAUCUCAUGUGAGUGUUAAAGUCAAUGGUGAUCUCAUAGAUGACUCAAACAAAAAUUGUGCACCGCAAGCAGUGAAUGAUGUACUGGUAAAAAUAGAAGCUUCUGAACACAAAAGUCAGUUGGAGAAAAAUAAUACACAGGAAGCCAAUCCUCAAGUUGAGUUGGAUACUGAUUUUGUAAAAGAUUUAGAUGCAACAGAAAUUUCUUAUUGCUGUCCUCUUUGUUGUCAAGGAAGUGUCAGUGCUCAGAAUAUUGUCAAAGACCUUGAAACCUGUACUCCUAUGGAAAGUUCAACUUAUUCUGAUAUGGAAGAUGAAGACGACGAUGAUGAUGAAGAAGAAGAUGAUGUUGAUUAUAUAGAUGUACAUAUAAUAGAUGACAUAAGUGAUGAAUCAAAUCUUGUAUAUCCUUCACUUGAUAACUUUGCUUUAUCUAAAAUUGAUGAUGAUAGUAACACAACAGAUGAAAAUUAUUCUGAUUGGUGGAAUAUGGAAAAUGCUUUAGAGAAUGCUGAUAUUAUUGUGGAUACGUUAAACCCACAAGCAGGUGAAGUGUAUCAUAGCUUCGAAUCUCAUGGCAACAACCAAGAAACUCUUAUAAAAAACUUUGAUAAUGUAAAGGAUGUAGACACAGAGGUUAACUACACUUGUAUAAUCUGCAAUAAUACAUUUCCAAGUGUUGAUCUUUGCUUGAACCAUGCAAAGGAGCACAGUGAGACUGACAAGCAUCCAUGUAGCUUGUGCAGUACAUCUUUUAAAACUGAAGCUGACCUUGUCAACCAUUUUAAGGAUCACCAGAUAGAGGAAGUUAAACUGAAAUCAAGAGGUAAGCGUUUGGUCUGCCCUACAUGCAAUAGGAGAUUUAAUGGGGAAAAAACAUACCUCCAACAUUCAUGUAUUACUCCUGAAACAAAACAGUUUCAUUGCAAGCAAUGUACAAAGUCGUAUAAUUCAGAGGAAAGGCUAGCAUUUCAUAUGAAAUUCCAUGAGGGUGCCAGAGCUAACUUUUGUGAAAAAUGUGCAAGGGAAUUUGACAAUGAAUGUGCUUUAUACUAUCACACUCGUAUGGUUCAUAAUGGUGAGAGACCAUUUGCAUGUCCAGUUUGUCAUAAAAGAUUGUACUCCAACUCAAGAUUAGCAGCACACAUGAGAGUUCACACUGGUGAAAGACCUUUUGCAUGUGAAUUUUGUGGGCGCAAAUUUUAUGACAGGGAAACUCUAAAAGGCCACUAUGUGACACACAUGUCUGUAAAGCCGUAUCAGUGUGACUACUGUGGUAUGUGUUGUGGACGCUUAAGUAUAUUAAAACAGCACAUUCAGGCACAUCAUUCUGACUGUAGCACAUCCAAACGUUUACCCUCUCUUAUACAUUAUCAUUGUAAGACUUGUAACAAAACUUUCACUAGUUCGUCUGAUGUCCUGAAUCAUCGUUCAUCUCACUGGGGUACAAAAUCUAAUUCUGAAAGUGCACAGGAGCAUGCUUGUGAAUACUGUGGAAAGUCUUUUUCAGUACUUCGUGCAUUAGGAAGGCAUCGAAAAAGAGAACAUCCAGAUGAAAAACCUUAUGUAUGCAGUGUCUGCAAGGAAGCAUCUCAUACACUUUAUGAAGCUCGAGUUCAUAGAAAAAUACAUACAGAUAGUGAAUUGAAACUGAAAACCAAAGAAACUUCAGAUAAUUCUGUUAUGUUUGUAUGUGAAGCCUGUGGCAAUAUUUUUGUUGACAAACGAACUUUUACAAAACACCUCAGGGAACACAAGCCCCAUGCAUCUUAUAAUUGCAAAGUUUGUGGAAAGCAAUUUGCAGAUAAUCAGAGACUCACAGUUCACAUGAGACUUCACACAGGAGAAAAACCUUAUGCAUGUACUGUGUGCAACAAGAGGUUUACACAGACAUCUGCCCUAUACACACACGCUCUGCUCCACACAGGUGAGAAACCACAUCAGUGUGACUUAUGUGGUAAAGCUUUUCGUAUAAAGGCAGAUCGUGAUAAUCACCGUCGUACCCACACGGGAGAAAAACCAUACAAAUGUGAAUUCUGCAACAAACAGUUUCGGACUGGACAAGUGUACUAUCAGCAUCGCAUGAUUCACACAGGAGAACGUCGAUUUCCUUGUGAUAUCUGCGGAAAAGCCUUUAAACGUUCCCAUACCCUCGUUGUUCAUAAAAGGAUACACACUGGUGAAAAACCUAAUAUAUGUGAUAUAUGUGGAAAAGGUUUCCGACAGCGUAGUGACAUGAGAAAACAUAGAUCAAUACAUACUCCAGCUGAACCGUCAUGAUGAUUGUUAAUGUCUUUCAUGUUAGAUGUGAAAUUCUUAUGCAGAAUAGUUUUUGAUUUUCUGAAUCACUGAACUUGUUGCAGCAUUCACAAAUACCUGAAAAGUGAACUCCCACAACUCUCAUCGUGCUCUAAGUGUUUGUGUGAAGUGUAAAAACUUUAGACAGUAUUUUGUGAUAAGCUACAACUGUUGGAUUUAGUAUUUAUGUUUGUCUGUAUCAUAGUAAAUGUUGAUUUAGAAGCUAUCAUUCCUGAGCCUUGCUUCUAUGUAUGACAGCACUGACAUUUUAUAAUAUCUAAAUUAUUGAAACCAUAUUUGCAGUAUGUUUACAAAGCGGUUUAUGCAUAUUUUCAUAGUACUGCACCCUACUCUGUUAUCCAAGUGAGGUUUUUUACUACUUACUAUUGUACUGCAUAAAUAAUUGCAACAAGAUUUUGUGAUUUUUAAAAUAUAAAUAUCACAUCUGUAAUUACAGCUUGGAACCAUUAAAGAAAUGGUGUGGUCAGUUUUUAUGGAAAAUAACAACACUCCUUUCUUUUGAAAUGUUUGAGUAGCUGAGAAUACUGAUGGAAAUACAAAAUGAAU